AUGUACGCGACGCUUGGCGAGAAGCGCUUCUUCGCCAUGGUCAAAGCGUACCUCGAGAAGAACAAGUACUCAACGGCCUCCUGGCGUGAUAUUUGGACGGCGGCGGAUGAGGAGAAGCAUGGGCUGUGGCAACAGGCCGUCCAAGCUCACCUGGACCACAUUUUGAUGCCCCGAGACAUGGUGACACCACGUUCUGUCGUCUUCAGUGAUUUGUUCCCGAUGGCGGCCACCGGCGCUGUGCCCUAUAAAUUGGUCCUCGAAAUGUUGGAAACCAUGGGACAGAAUCAGAACGCCGAUAGUGAUCUGAUAAGAGGGUUCUGGAAUAUCGAAGAAAGACUUCGUUCCAAUGCGCCGACACGCCGUAUGCUCGAGAUCUUGCAUAAUGCCAGGAGCUACUACAACGCGCUGGCAUUUCCUUCAAUCCCGCUCAACUCUACGCAACGCAAGCUGAAAAUCGCUGCAGCCCGCCAACAACAACACCAAGACCAGCGUUAUUCCAUGGAACAGCAGGAGCUGCUCGACCUCUUCAAGGAAUUGGACGAUCAAGCACUGAGGCGGAAGCUCGGCAUGCGAGUGGCCGACGAGGGCGAGCCGGCUUGGCGUGUCUUUGAGAAGCUGGUGAUCGAGGCCUGUCCCGAGGGGGUGAUGAUCAGCAAGUGCAGCAAAUACGCAACAUCGGACCGUGCGACCGGCUACGUGCACGCCAUAGAAAGUGGCGACGAUGAGAGGAGGGAGAAAACAUCUGCUUUCAUGUGGAAAUCGCUGGAAAUUGAGACGGACCCAACGGAAAAGGAGGCCUUAGCUGAUGCGAUCAUCAGAUCCCAGAAUUGGAAAUGGGUUGAACGCCUUCUCGAUGCCCAUAUCAACAAUGUGGGCCUGACACCACCCGAUUCAACGACCUGGUAUGCCGAGCUGAUCGGAGGACGCCAGGAAACAUUCGACUGGCUCUACAAUAAUAUGUCCUCCAUUGUCAAGAGCUACAACGAGUCCUCGGAAGCCCUCAAGGAACUCAUUGAGACAGCUGUCGGCAAGUUCCAGCGCAACGAGGCACUGCCUCUCCGGGUCGCCCUGCUCCAAAGUCAUCCGGAUCUACCGGAAGCGCUGCGCCCGCUCCGCUUCUGGUACACCGUCCUGGAGAAUCAGCGCAUCGAGGCCGCCUGGCACAAGAAAUAUUCGUUCGAGCUGCUCGAGGCGUUCGCCAAGCUUCCGCAGCAGAAGGAGGCC